AUGUCGGGGGUGGAGGUGAUCGCGGUCGUAGCAUGUGUGGCAGCCAUCGUUUCCGCCUACAGCGAUGGAGCGAGCAUGUUUACUGCUAUUAGGAAGAAAUACCACGAGCGCCAGUCCACUCGGGAACUAGAAUGGUCGCUCGCACGCGGCCGUACUGAUAUUCAAUAUCAGUUUAAUCAGCACAGUCGAGAGCUUGGUCGACGAUACGAGCAAGGUGACUCGAUCGCUCGUGAGCAUAUGAAAGAUAUCAUCAUCACACUACAGGGGGCGUUGCUGAGACACCUCCGCGAGGCGCAGGAGCAGGGGACCACUCCGGAUUUAAUGGCGUUGCAGAUAGAGUCCGACCAGGGCCGCGUUCGCACUCUCGUCAUUUUGGGAGAUUUAUACCAGCGUCUCUCGCGGCCAUCACCUGUUCCGCCGUCGUUUUCCAUGCCCAUUGAUCCAAACUAUCGCAUGAUGAAUUCUUAUGGCCGGGGAUAUCCUCCCAAUGGCCCCGACAGAUACUGGUCACCCCACACGCUGGACAUGGGGUACCCCCCGGGCGGAUAUCCUGUCUCACCAGCCAGCUAUUCACCAGGCCAGAUCCUACCAGACGUCUGCAUCUCACCAACGGAUACACUGGGGAUAUCGAGAGACUAUGGGGCUUCGAGUCCACCGUCUCACAGACCGUCAUCAGGCUUUGGCUCAGUUGUGAGUAGUAUGAGCGACUUUUUUCAUCCCCGCCCAGGUCACGGGAGAACGCCGUCGUUUCCAUCGUCAACGCCCGAGCCCGCGCACGCACCACAAAAUAGAGUGUACAACCCAGUGUCGCCGUCGACGUCAGAGCCGAUUCCAGAAUUCGAUGUCAGACCAGCGACGCCGCCCAUACGCAAGCCACGAUCGAGCUCAAUACCCCACGAUGUCUUAGUGGGGAACCCGUGGAAGCACGAAAGCCACAUAGACUCCGACGACGAGGACGCCAUCAGUUAUGCUCCGAUCAACGAAGAAAACCACCACCUCUCGCCCACCAUCCCUCCACCCACGCAACCCCGCCACGAUUCCCUCUCCGCAACCUCAACCGCCUCCACAGACUCCACCCCGUCAAACCCCUCCACCCGAAGCAGUACCGACCGACCGACCCAAGCAAUCCGACCUCUCUGGCCACCCAGCAAAACAAAUAAUUACCUGGGUUUCUGCAAAGGAGCAUGGAAAGUGUACUCAGGAUUCCGGGGCUUCAAGAUAUACUCUGAGCCCGGAACAGGAUAUUACACCCAACAGUUAUGGCUGCGGUGCACGAAGUGCGCCUUUGAAGCACCUAUGGCCCCGAAGAGUUCCAGCCACAACCCGCAAUUUGAGGACAGCGUACGUACGCACAAAGCCAGCGGUAUCCGUUAUCGAUUCGAGUUCUUGGCGAAAUCCCACGUGCCUUGUAAGCGAGAUUCAGCGUCACGGUUUAAUUCUAAUGCUCCCCGCGGCACGUUUUGUUGUGUCUUUUGCUGCGCGACGGCACAGGGGUCGACCCAGGUUUAUGGAAACCUGGAUAUCUUCAUGGCGCAUCUGGCGGAACAGCAUCGGGCGGUUGAGAGGGGGACGUUGUCAGUUUUGCCUAGUAUGCGGUGUGUGGUUGGUCGGGUGGCACCUGAGACGGAAUAUUUUGAUGUGAAUAUUUUGCCGGCGCGCGGCUGA